GGGUUCAGCUUUCUGAUCGCUGCACUAACGACUGUGUGUGUGCAGGUGGAGGGUUGUUAGCGCCGCUGGUUUGUGUAGCACAAAACUUUAAAGGGGGAAAUGAAGCACUCAAUCAAGUAAACUGCGUUUUAUACACGGAGUUCUGGUCUCAUCAACAAUAUAUAAAACAAAUGUUGCUUAUAAGGAGAAAAUACAGCGGCCGUUAUGUGUUUUUUUUAACAUGGGCAGCGCCAUCGUAGACUUUAAUGAUCCACAAGGGAAAUUAAUUGGUCCUAGUAGCUCAGUUGCUGCAAAAAGCUGGAUAGAGUUUGGUGUAAAAGAGGUUCUGUAGCGUUCAGUAUGACUCAGUUUGCUGGACAAUGAGCUGCUCUAGUGUUUGGUGUAGUGGAUGUGAUUGUCUUUAAUGGAGACCAGUUUAUUCAUUAUUACCAUAAAUUACAAUCUAAGUGUUAAUUAAAGCUGUUUAGUGGGUGGAGUCACGUUAAGACUCCGCCUCAUGCUUCGGCUCCAACUCUGAAACUUAAAACAACAGGUGUCAAACAAACAUCCCACAGGAAUUUCCUUAAGAAUUUCCAUUUUUCUGAAGGAUAGUUUAUUAGAUGUAAGCAUUCUCCUAAUUUACGUAUUCUUCUUUGCACUAAAACAAAUAUUUGUAGGUUAUUAUUCUGUUGUGUUACUGGCCUGGUUGAGAUCAAAUUGGGCUGAAUGUGGCCCCUGAACUGGAAUGAGUUUUAUUAAAUGGUCCAAUAAUGAUUAAAUGGUCCAAUAAUAACAACAACAGCCACACUGACACCAACACGCUCUUCUCUCAAAACCACCACUUUCACUGUGGCUCUUAAUGGUUCCACUGCUCAGUUUCCACAUCGUAUCAGUGCAGAAGCAUAAUCAGAAUCAGAAUCGCUUUACUGAUCCUAAGGGGACGUUUUUAUUACAGCAGCUCCUACUCCUAAUGUACCAGUGUUCAGAAGAAAGAGGAAUGCAGGCAAUUAGAAUAACAAUACACAAAACAAUGUAAAAAAUAUAUUAAAAAUAUGCAGUGUAAGUAAGUUGUUGCUCUAUAUUAGCAUUAGACCAGUAGAAUUCAAACCGGGCUCAAGAUCUCUUUCCAUUUAACCCUUCGUUCAGACUGAUCCAACCAAUUCUGUGACACAUUCGAUUACCUCACUUCAAAAUGGCGCGAAAUAUAGUCGUGAAAAAAUAUACUUUCUAAUAUUUGACUUUAGCAAAGGUGUGUUAUUAUAUAAUUCUCAGUACAAGAAUCAAUACACGUACGUUUCAUUUCCCCUUUAAAGCUAAUGCUAACAGGGCUGACAGCAGUGGCACUAACUAGCCCCCCCCCCCAUAAACAUUAAUGCUGUGUGUUUACAGUGUCUUUGUGUCACGAUUUGUGGGUGCUAAUGCUAAUGCUAACAGACGUAAUGCUAACACCUCUCUCCGUUUGUAACGAACUCAGCCGAAGACGAGACCGAGAUAACUAUGAACCAGUGAAAAGCGUUGCCUCUGCGAUGCACUCGGAAACGCCAGACCGCUAUGAACGCCUCACCUCCGUGUCGAGCUCCGUCGACUUCGACCAGAGAGACAACGGCUUCUGCUCGUGGCUGACGGCCAUUUUCAGAAUAAAGGACGAGGAGAUCAGAGAGAAAUGUGGCGAGGACGCCGUUCACUACUUGUCCUUCCAGCGUCACAUCAUCGGGCUGCUGGUCGUGGUCGGGGUCCUCUCCGUGGGCAUCGUCCUACCCGUUAACUUCUCUGGAGACCUGCUGGAAAACAACGCUUACAGCUUUGGACGCACCACGAUAGCAAACCUGAAGUCUGGGACGAACUUGUUGUGGCUCCAUACGACGUUUGCCUUCAUGUAUCUGCUCCUGACCGUCUACAGCAUGAGGAGACAUACGUCCAAGAUGCACUACAAAGAGGACGACCUGGUGAAACGCACUUUAUUCAUUAACGGCAUCUCUAAAUACGCUGAGGAGACUCAGAUCAAACAACACUUUGAACAGGCGUACGAGAACUGCACCGUGCUGGAGGCUCGGAUCUGCUACAACGUGGCCAGACUCAUGGCUCUGAACGCUGAGAGGAAGAAGACGGAGCGCAGUAAGAAGUUCUUCACUGACCUGAUGGCGAAGGAACACGUUCCCACCAUGAUCAACCCCAAACCCUGCGGACACCUCUGCUGCUGCGCCAUCACCGGCUGCGAGGAGGAGGAGGCCGUUAGCUACUACACUAAGAGGGAGGCCAAACUGAAGGAGGAGUACAGGAAGGAGAAGGAGAAGGUCCACACUAAACCUCUGGGCAUGGCCUUCGUCACCUUCCAGAAUGAGGCCAUGACAGCCAUCAUUCUGAAGGACUUCAACGCCUGCCAGGUUCAGGGUUGUCGAUGUCGCCAGGAGCCUCGUUCCUCUCAGUUCAGCGAAGUUCUUCACGUUCACAACUGGAGUGUUUCUUACGCACCGGACCCACAGAACGUCCGCUGGGAACACUUGUCGCUGGGCGGGAUCUCCUGGUGGAUUCGCUGCUUCAUCAUCAACUGCAUCCUCUUCAUCUUGCUCUUCUUCCUCACCACUCCUGCCAUCAUCAUCUCCACCAUGGACAAGUUCAACGUCACCAAGCCCGUCGAGUAUCUCAACAAUCCCAUCGUCACUCAGUUUUUCCCCACUCUGCUGCUCUGGGCUUUCUCUGCUCUGCUGCCCACCAUUGUCUACUACUCUGCCUUCUUUGAGGCUCACUGGACCAGGUCUGGAGAAAACCGGACAACGAUGCACAAAUGUUACACCUUCCUCAUCUUCAUGGUUCUGCUGCUGCCGUCUCUCGGACUCAGCAGUCUGGAUGUUUUCUUCCGCUGGUUGUUUGAUAAGAAGUUCUUGGCUGAUGCCAAAGUCAGAUUUGAGUGCGUCUUCCUGCCGGAUAAUGGAGCGUUCUUUGUCAACUACGUCAUCGCCUCCGCUUUCAUUGGUAACGCAAUGGACCUGCUGAGGAUUCCCGGUCUGCUCAUGUACAUGAUCCGGCUCUGCCUGGCUCGCUCCGCCGCCGACCGCCGCAACGUCAAGAGGCAUCAGGCCUACGAGUUCCAGUUCGGGGCGGCGUACGCGUGGAUGAUGAACGUAUUCACGGUCGUGAUGGCCUACAGCAUCACCUGCCCCAUCAUCGUCCCCUUCGGCCUGAUGUAUAUGCUGCUCAAACACCUGGUGGACAGGUACAACAUGUACUACGCCUACCUGCCAUCGAAGCUGGACAAGAAGAUCCACUCCGGCGCUGUCACCCAGGUGGUGGCUGCUCCCAUCCUCUGCCUUUUCUGGCUGCUCUUCUUCUCCACUGUACGCACAGGCUUCCAGACGCCAACCUCCAUGUUCACUUUGGUGGUGCUGAUCGUCACAAUCGUUGUCUGUCUGUCGCACGUCUGCUUCGGGCACUUCAAGUACCUCAGCGCUCACAACUACAAGAUUGACACCAAGGAGAACGACGUGGACGCCGUUGAGAACGGACGUCCAGCUCGUCCCUCGUCUUCCCCGACCACAAAAUCUCAGCAGCAGCAGCAGCAGCAGCAGCAGCAGAUGUACAUCGCCCAGGUUCUCCAGGACCCAAACUCAGACGAGCCGGGCGGUGGCAGCGGGGAAGAGGACCGAGGGUCGUCUCAGGACGAGGAGAUGCUGAACGGAGGGAACAGCAUCAACGAGGCGGAUUUCCAGUCAGGGGAGGACAGUCUGAUCGCUAAUGAGGUCCACCAGUAGCUGGGGUGGAGCUAGACAGAGGGGGCGGAGCUAGUUGAAGGCCACACCCACACUACAGUUAAACAUAGAGUUGACUGAAUCGAUCACUCAAACAUCCACACAGCAGACCGCCACGGUUAGCUCCGCCUCCUCUCAGCUUGAAGACUUGACCCUGACUCAAGACGCCGGCGCUGGGUCGCCAACAUCCUCCAGUCCUGGACGCCCACGGGAGCUUGAUGGACAUCAGACUGUCUCCACGGGACGUCUCUGUACAUAACCACAAAGCCAAAAGUUUUUUCCUGGGGUGGGGGCACAGGGUUGAAAUAUUCGUGCCUGGGCUGGAUUCUGUUCGUUUGCACUCGUGUCUUGACUCUUGAUCCACCGCCAGUCCCAGGGACUCAACCAGUCCAGGGUUCAAACGCUCCAACGCUCUCUGGACGCCGGGGUCUCCGGUAGUGGAGCGCCCAAGAAAAAAACAAAAACAACAACAAAAAAAAAAACGUCAAACCGCCAGUUCUUGUAGUCGUAGAUGCUUUGCUGACCCAGACGCUCCUUCCCUCCUUCGUUCUGUGGAUCUGGCCGCUACCUUCAACUCAUCGCCAGGAGCUUCUGUUGUUUUUGACCACCAAGCUUUAGCUGCACGAUAUUAAAGCGCCGUUCGGUUCAACGACUCCCCCUUGGACGUUUCCAUCCUGAUCCCGAGUGUCUCUCCGGCUGGACGUCCCGCUGAUGGGAGGGUGGCUUCUUCUAGCUUUAGAGGAGCUAACUUGCUAACAAACUAGCUUUAGUGGAGCUAGCUUGCUAACAAAUUAGCUAGAGAGGAGCUAGCUUGCUAUAAAAACUAGUUUUAGAGGAGCUAGCUUGCUAACAAACUUUCAAGAGAGGAGUUAGCUUUUUAAGAAACUAGCAUUAGAGGAGCUAGUUGUUAACAAACUAGCUUUAGAGGAGUUAACUUUUUAAGAAACUUUAGCUUGGAACUCGAUUGCUAACAAGCUAGAUAGAGGGGCGUUAGCUUGGCAACAAAGUAGAUGUAGUUCAGCCGGAGAGACACACGUCCUCCAGAUGAGUCUCCAGUUGGACAUCCCAACGACACGGGGGCGGCUUCUUCUUCUCUGGUUUUGAUUUCACCCGGACUACCUUAACUUGUGAAUACCGGACAAAGGGAACGGGGACGUUUGUGUCUGUGUAGGUUUAGCAAUCAGAACUCUUUUCAUUUGUGAAGACUCUUCCAGCAGCCGAGGAGUUUGACGUUGGGUAGACGAGAAGAGCGGCGCUUUUCUUCCAGACCGUCUACUCUCAGAACUCUCAAGGGAAAUGUAAUCUGUGUAAUCGAGUGUGCGUGUGCGUGUGUUGUUGCGGCAUCUUGAAGGUUGGACCAGAAACUUUCACAACUGACAACAGAAGAGUUCAUUCAGCAAAAUGUUGAGCAUCAAUGUUUUCGCCUCCUCUCCUGCAUUACUGCUGUAGCUUCACGAUGUGUUAGCAUAGCUUAGCACAAACUUGGCUCCAGGAUGUGUUAGCUUAGCUUAGCACAAACUUGGCUCCAGGAUGUGUUAGCUUAGCUUAGCACAAACUUGGCUCCAGGAUGUGUCUGGCAUAUCUUUGCACAAACAUGGCUUCACGAUGUGUUAGUGUAGCUUAGCAUGAAUACAGCUCUGGGAUGUGUUUGUGUAGCUUAGCACGGACACGGCUCCAGAAUGUGGUAGUGUAGCUUAGCAUGGACAUGGCUCCAGAAUUUGGUAGUGUAGCUUAGCAUGGACAUGGCUCCAGAAUUUGGUAGCGUAGCUUAGCACGAACACUCCAAUCAGAUUCGUUGCAAUCACGACCUUCUAUCGUAACACAUCGUCACUAGCAACAGUUAUUUUACGAGCUACAGGGGUUUGUUAGCUUGCCCUGCAGGUGGCUGCUACAAUAACUUGUUUUCAAAAACAUUUUUUAAAAGAGACAAAAGUUGUUUUUUCUUUCUUGUGGUGGAGCUAGACUAACUUUCAGUCUUUGUGCUAUGCUAAGUCAAAUGCUUCCUGGACAGCUGCAGCUUUAAUGGAGAUUAUUUUCCCAUGAUCCUCUUGGUGUAGAGGAGUUGUUGUUCUCAUUGGAGGGUUUUGGAGGGAAGAUGGUGGCAGCUAAUCUGUCCUCCAGUUGCUUUAACGUUUAUUGUGUUUUUUGUUUGUUUUGUUUUGUUUUGUAGUGAAUGCUGCAGAUUCUUCAGAAGUUGUGAAACACUGACUAAGCAGCUUCUUGCGAACAUCAACAUCUUAACGUUUCUGUCAGACUCCUUUAAAACAAAAAGGGUCUUAAACCAUGUACACAAUGCUAACAGACUGAGGCUAAUGCUAACAGGUCACGAGCAACUGUCUGGAUUGAGCUAGCUAGGCUAAUGUUUAGAAGCAUGACGAGGACAAAUCAGACUGUUAUUUCUGUUUAGCUCACAUCUGUUCAGAAGGCAAUGAGGUGAAAUCUGUUAACGAGUACAACAUUGUUGCUAACCUUAGCCUGAUAGCAUCUACCCCACUGACUUAACAUAGUUAGCUAAUAAUACGCUACCUCUUAGCCUGUAGACGUAAUACCUGGUUACUACUGAAAGCUUGUUAGCCGAACAUUAAGAGUUUAUUUUGUUCCAUCACACGUCUUUGAGGUUUUUGGUAAAACUUCGGAAAACCAAGAGCCUCUUAACGAGCCUCUUUUUUUCAGUUGUCUGUAACAAGACCUCGACUUGAAUUCACCUGGAGAACCUCUGCCCUCUAGUGGACAAGAUAAUGAAUCAACCCACUUAAAAACAUCGAGACUAAAGUUCUGAUUCUACAUUUGUGGCUAAAAGCGGCUCCAACAUUGAAUCAUAAACCUAGUUUAAGAUCUUUAGCUCUUUGGGCACCUGUUUGUCUGGUGCUGCCCCCUAGUGGACGAACUAGACUUAGCGUUGAAAACACUGGCGCCGAUGCUGCAGUAGCUUCUCCACAUUUAAAGGACGAUAACGACGGAAUAGUCUCAGGUUGUUUUUCUUUUCCUAAAUAAUGUUUACAUCAGUUUGUGUUGCUUUUUUUUUGUAGUUUUGUUCUGCUGUGUGUGUGUGUGUGUGUGGGUGUGUGUGUGUGUGUGUGUGUGGGUGUGAUGGACACGGAGCUGGACUAUGAAAGCUGUAGCCUCCGGGGCGUCGUGUUUCUUGGGGGCUACACGCUGGAGAACCUGCAGCGUCCGUGUCCUCGAGUUUCACUUCAUGAUCGUAUGCACGUGAGGAAGAACCUGAAAAAGAAACUGAAGGUCUGGACCUGCUCCCAACUCAGCUGAUCCUGAUCCUGGUUCCUCUGAUCCUGACCAGGCCGCCUCAGGCCACCCUGAGCGGGGUCAGAGGUCACAAGGUCGGGGGCCGGGCCGGGGGGUGGGAGGGGGGGGGGCGAGUUGAGAGCGGUCCAGCGAAGAGUCUGUGUGAUAUUUUUGUAUCUGAAGUAUUUGAUACCGAACACGUGUUACAGAAAUGUUGCUAGCUGCGAGGACGCUGGUGUAACUUGAAGGUUUUUAAUAAUCCGCCGCUGCUUUUUGCUUUUCUCCGUUUUCUAACUCGUUAAAUGUGAAAAGAAGAAUGUGAACGGUAGAGUGAAACCAAGCGUCGGCUGAAAGCUGCUGAAGAAAAAAGUGUAAAUAUCCAUUCGACCCGCAGCGUGGACUCAUUCCUGCUUUUAAUUUAUUGCUGUGACUCUAUUUAUUUUUACUCUGCGUAUGUACAGUGAAACAUUCGUCCUAUUUAUGUUACUUGAUCAAUAAAAUCAGCUUCAUCUGUCA